AUGUUCCCGCGGAGACCGCUAGCCGCGGUGGCUGCCUGGCUGGCUGGCGCGGCCGCGGCGGGGCGCGCGGGGGUGAGAUGCGGGGGCCUGUUGGCGUUGCUGGCCAAUCAGUGCAGCUUCGUGACGGGCCUGCGCGUGCGGCGCGCGCAGCAGAUCGGGCAGCUCUACGGCCGCCUCUACUCAGAGAGCGCUCGCCGCGUCCUCCUUGGCCGCCUCUGGCGCCGACUGCGCGGCCGCCCUGGCCAUGUCUCUACCGUGAUGGCGGCGCUGGCCGGGGUUUUCGUGUGGGAUGAGGAGAGGAUCCAGGAGGAGGAGUUGCAGAGAUCCAUUGAUGAGAUGAAACGGUUAGAGGAAAUGUCAGGAGUUCCGAGAUCUGGAGUUGAGCACCACUCCCCAGAACCAAAAUCUCAAACAGAAGGGAACGAAAAUUCCGGAGGCAAAGAGCAGCCAUGGGAAAUGGUGAUGGAUAAGAAACACUUUAAGCUGUGGCGGCGCCCAAUUACAGGCACCCACCUCUACCAGUACAGAGUUUUUGGAACCUACACAGAUGUGACACCCCGACAGUUCUUCAAUGUUCAGCUGGACACAGAGUAUAGAAAAAAAUGGGACGCUCUGGUAAUCAAGCUGGAGGUGAUCGAGAGGGAUGUGGUUAGUGGUUCUGAAGUUCUUCACUGGGUAACUCAUUUUCCCUACCCGAUGUAUUCACGGGAUUAUGUUUACGUUCGACGGUACAGCGUGGAUCAGGAAAACAACGUGAUGGUAUUGGUGUCACGAGCUGUGGAACACCCGAGUGUGCCAGAGUCUCCUGAAUUUGUGAGGGUCAGAUCAUAUGAAUCCCAAAUGGUUAUCCGUCCCCACAAAUCAUUUGAUGAGAAUGGCUUUGACUACUUGCUGACAUACAGUGACAAUCCCCAGACAGUUUUUCCCCGCUAUUGUGUUAGUUGGAUGGUGUCAAGUGGUAUGCCAGAUUUCUUGGAGAAGCUGCACAUGGCCACUCUGAGAGCCAAGAACAUGGAGAUCAAAGUAAAGGACUACAUCUCAGCUAAGCCUUUGGAGAUGGGCAAUGAAGCCAAGGCCACCACCCAGUCCUCUGAGCGGAAAAAUGAAAGUAGUCAUGGCCCUGCCCGUAUCGAGUAUGCCUGA